CUUUUCGUCGCUAUACAAAAAAUUCUUUUUAUUUCCCUUUUGUCUCAAAAUUUCCAUUUUAAGAGCCAGUAUGAGUUGUUAUGGAACAUGCAAGAUGCCGCUAAGCUCAAAGCUCAUGCAACAGACGAACGAUUUCUGUUCGUGCAAUGAAUGUAAAAUUCCACGAAAAAUAAAAAAUUCUAAGAGGAAGAAAAAGUCACAAGUCAGUGGAACUGCUGAAUGUCAGCCUAGACUAGAUUGUAAUAAAGAUUUCACACCGUCUGGAAUGAAUCCUGAAGUAACUGCUGGACCAAUUGGAAAUGACUUUAAGUGUUGCACGACCUAUGCAGAUUGUGGAUGCUGGUCAACUUGUAAGGAUGGAGAUCAUGCGAAGAAAAAUUGUUUUAAAGCUUGUCCAACGAAUUCUACUAGAGCACCAUUCGGUCCGUACGGUCCAUGGAACAACAAUGGUCCAUCACAAUUCAAAAUAAUGCGCAAAAAAUACAUUCAGAACAUCUAUCCACCACGCAAGACUCCUCGUUACAAUGGCUUACAAUGUCCCAAAGAUGAACCAAUGGGAAAAAUACGUCUAUGGCCAUUGAGUGGAUCCUGUCGCUAUGCUGGACGUCCUUAUGGACCUUGUCGUCCAUUUGGAGCUUACCAAAGUCGUGGACCAUUUGGGAUUUGGAAGAUGGCUGGACAUCCAAAAGAAUAUAUUGGAAGACCAGACACACCAGCUCAACCUUGUUGGAAGCAAGCGAAACCAGGAUAUCGACCAUGUACACCAUGUCAACGUCCACUUUACAGACCAUGCAGGAACAAAUGCAUGGAAAGUGUUUGCUGUAAAUAUGUUGAGCUAGCUUCAAGUCAAAAUACAUGCGAUAAAUAGUUUAAGAAUCACUGGAUAUAAUUUCAUUUGCCCCUUAAAUUUAUGCAACUUUCUUUACACCUUUUUGGAAGGAAGUCGUG